AUGCUAAAAAUCAAACCUCUAUUGAGAAUCUCGAGAGUCCCCGAGGCGGCCACCCUCAGAACCUCCAGGACUAGAUUAAACACGGCUCGCUCUUACAGUUCUGCCGUGGGCAAGUCUAAGUCGUUCCAGCAACAUUCAGGAAAACGCACACAGUCAUGGACUACUUUGAGCGUUGGGACCAUCUUAGCCGCUGCAGGUUCAAUGGCGUAUUUGAACUGGUCUAACGACCAGAUAGGCAACGAUCCAAAACUAGACAUGAACAAGCAGAAAAUUUCGCCUGCAGAAGUUGCUAAACACAACUCUGCUGACGAUUGCUGGGUCGUGAUCAACGGUUAUGUGUAUGAUCUGACGCGGUUCAUACCUAACCAUCCAGGUGGCUCGGACGUGAUAAAGUACAAUGCUGGGAGAGACGUCACUGCCAUUUUCGAGCCAUUACAUGCCCCAAACGUCAUCGAUAAAUACAUUGCCCCUGAGAAGAAGCUGGGACCACUACAGGGGUCCAUGCCACCAGAACUGGUUUGCCCGCCUUAUGCUCCCGGUGAGACCAAAGAAGACAUUGCUAGGAAAGAGCAACUGAAAUCACUACUACCCCCACUGAAUAACAUUAUUAAUCUUUAUGAUUUCGAGUACUUGGCCUCUCAAACUCUAACUAAGCAAGCUUGGGCUUACUACUCCUCCGGUGCCAAUGAUGAAGUCUCGCACAGGGAAAAUCAUAAUGCGUACCAUAGGAUUUUCUUCAAGCCAAAGAUUCUUGUUGACGUAAGCAAAGUGGACCUCUCCACGGACAUGCUGGGCUCUCAUGUGGACGUCCCAUUUUAUGUGUCUGCAACAGCCCUGUGUAAACUGGGGAACCCACUAGAAGGUGAAAAGGACAUUGCAAGAGGUUGUGGCCAAGGCAUAACGAAAGUCCCACAAAUGAUCUCCACUUUGGCGUCAUGCUCACCCGAAGAAAUCAUAAGUGCGGCGCCAUCUGAUGAGCAGAUUCAAUGGUAUCAGCUGUACGUUAACUCUGAUAGAAAGAUCACUGACGACUUGGUUAAGAAUGUUGAAAAAUUGGGCGUGAAGGCACUGUUUGUCACAGUAGAUGCGCCAAGUUUGGGCCAGAGAGAGAAGGAUAUGAAGUUGAAAUUCUCUAAUUCAAAGGCUGGCCCAAAGGCAAUGAAGAAAACAGAUGUAGAGGAAUCUAAAGGUGCCUCAAGAGCGUUGUCCAAGUUUAUUGACCCCUCUUUGACGUGGAAGGAUAUUGAAGAGUUGAAAUCAAAGACGAACCUACCCAUUGUCAUCAAGGGUGUUCAACGCACCGAAGAUGUCAUUAAAGCAGCUGAGGUUGGUGUGAGUGGUGUGGUGCUAUCCAACCACGGUGGUAGACAAUUAGAUUUUUCGAGAGCCCCCAUCGAAGUUUUGGCUGAAGCCAUGCCAGCUCUAGAAGAACGUAAAUUGAAAGAUAAACUGGAAGUGUACAUAGACGGCGGUGUUCGCCGUGGUACAGAUAUUUUGAAGGCGCUCUGUCUGGGCGCUAAAGGUGUUGGCUUGGGUAGACCAUUCCUUUACGCCAACUCAUGCUAUGGUCGUGACGGUGUUGAAAAAGCGAUUGAAAUUUUGCGUGAUGAAGUCGAAAUGUCCAUGAGACUCCUAGGUGUUGCCAGUAUUGCAGAAUUGAAGCCUGAGCUGUUAGACCUGUCGACAUUGAAGGCAAGAACGGUGGCAGUGCCCAACGAUGUCUUGUAUAAUGAAGUUUACGAGAGCCCCACUUUAACAGAUUUUAACGACGCAUGA